GAGCGGCUGGCAAGUUCGAAUCGCUGACCUUUCGGUUAGUAACUGAGUGUUUAACCCACUGUGCCACCAGGGCUCCUACUUUAUUGCUAUAGAUUUUUUAAUGUGUUUGUGAUGUGACAGUAGGGAUUUGUAUGUAGAUAGUAAUGAUUAAUUUUAUCAUCUAUAUUUAGAAUUAAAUAUUAUUGAGACUAGUUAAUGAGUUGCUCUCCUCUAAUGCUGAUAUCUGAGAUCCUGUGGUACCUUAUUAUUCCUUUCUGAAUUACAUAGUGUAUUUUCUCCAUUGUUUUUGAGUUUCACCUGUAGUCAUAACUCUAAUUUAAAGGUUUUCUAUUGUAAAUAUUUGAUUUUACUAAAUAUAAAAUUAUUUUUGUGUAAGAUAAAAGAUACAGAGUCCUAUUUUCUUUCAUCUUAGAAUGCACAGGAGAAUAAUUAGGCAAGGAAUGGGUAAACAGGGCUUCUUUUUCCUUUCCGUUUCAUUUUGUUACUGCUAAAUACUCCAAUGAACUCGACAUCAAAAUCUAAUCCAAGGUCUGCCACAGACUUAUCAGUUUAUUUUAGUUACUAUAAAAGAGUCUUUAAAAGUUCUUAUACUCAGAACCCAUUUUGCUUCUCUUGCUGAAAUAGUCACUAAAUAGCUAGUUAAUUAGAGUUUGUUUUUACUCCCAGAAUUUGAUUUUAUGUUGGGACAGUCAGGAAGAAUUGAAAUUUUGAUUGUAGUCCCUUAUUUUCUUCUAUGGUGAAAUAGAGCUCAUUUAACACCUAGUAAGUAUAUGUGUUAGGAAAACUUCUUGGUAGAGAAGAAUUAUGUUUAAAUGUAGAUAAAAAAUGUCAAAAUUCUUCAAUUAUGAACAAAGGCUAAUGAGGGAGAACUUGUGUAUCCAACUGGAAUUAAAAACAUUCAGACAUUGACAAGGAGGGCUGGACUCGAACAGUUUCCUGAAUACAGCCUAAGUGAGGCAAAGAGGCAGUGGGCAAAAGAGAACUUUGUCUGGCACAGAGAUCCCCAAAGAAUCUUUGUCCCCUCCCCCAGCCCCCUACAGAAUGUUUGAUUAACGGAUAUCAGGAGCAGGGGGGGUUGGGACUGAGGAUAAAGGAAAACUGAUUAGAGUUAUACCGCUGCCUGAAUCACUACAGGCCUUCUACUUGAUGAUAUAUCCCUCUGUGAGGGUAAAAGGAACUUAGCUACGGAGCAGUAAAGCAGUUGAUUUAUUUAGAAGGAAGUCAUAUACCAGGGAAACUACCAGAAGGCCAGAAGAGAGAGAGAAAGACAAGUAGAAAGAGACACAGCCCAGCGACUCACAGCUGGAUGGCAGAUGUCCAUAAAGCAGCCAGCAUACAUCUGAGGCUACCACCUGAGUCUCUUGAGGGUCGGUGUGCCAGGGAGAGCUGCUGAUGGACACAGGCCCUGUAUCAUCAACUGAUUCGUUUGGACAAUGUCAGUGGCACCCUCAGUGAGAGACUCUGCCUCUGUUCUGCCUUCUCUACGGAAAAAGAGAGUGGCCUUGGAAGAGGGUGAGAUAAAGUUUCAGAUUUGGGCUCCUCAGACGAGGGACCUGAGACUGGGGCUAGUGCCAGGAUCUUCAUGUGUCAGGUUGAGCAUCGUGUUGCUGUUGCUGAUUUUUCUGCCCAGCAUGUACUGUGACCAGGGAUCAGUGUAUUACUCUUUCUAUGAAAUAAUUAUGCCUAAGAAGCUGACAUUUCAGGAAAGGGAAGACCCAGUGGAAAAGGCAUCCUACAUGCUAUAUAUGCAGGGCCAGAAACAGGUGAUUCACUUGAAGGUGAAGAAAGACUAUUUUGUGAGCAGCUUUCCGGUCUUCAGCUACCACAAUGGGAUCCUGGAACAAGAAAUGCCCUUCAUCUCACAUGACUGCCACUAUGAAGGCUACAUAGAAGGAGUCCCAGGCUCUUUUGUUUCUGUCAACACAUGUUCAGGCCUCAAGGGCAUCCUGAUUAAGGAGGAACAAUCCUAUGGCAUUGAGCCCAUGGAGUCUUCAAAACGGUUUGAACACGUGCUGUACACCAUGGCACACCAAGCUCCAGUCUCCUGUAGUGUCACCUCCAAUAAGAGUCAACAAGGGGUGUCCACCAGCCGGCAACAAGGGAGCAGGAAGCUUCGUGAUCUACACGCACCGUCCUACUUGUGGUCACACACCAAGUACGUGGAGAUGUUUGUUGUGGUGAACCACCUGCGGUUCCAAAUGUGGGGCAGUAACAUCAAUGAGACAAUCCAGGGAGUGAUGGACAUCAUUGCUCUGGCCAACAGCUUCACUAGAGGAAUAAACACAGAGGUGGUGCUGGCUGGAAUGGAGAUUUGGACCGAGGGGGACCUAAUAGAGGUCCCGGUGGACUUGCAAGUUACGCUCAGGAAUUUCAACAGCUGGAGACAGCAGAAGCUCUUCAGUCGGGUGAAGCAUGAUGUUGCCCACAUGAUUGUUGGGCAUCAUCCCGGACAGAACAUGGGACAGGCAUUUCUCAGUGGUGCCUGUUCAAGUGGUUUUGCAGCAGCUGUUGAAUCCUUCCAUCACGAAGAUGUCCUCCUGUUUGCCGCACUCAUGGUCCAUGAGCUGGGGCACAACUUGGGUAUUCAGCACGACCAUUCCGCCUGCAUUUGUAAAGAUAAGUACUUUUGCCUCAUGCAUGAAAAUAUCACCAAAGUAGGUGGCUUCAGCAACUGUAGCUCUGACUCCUUCUACCAGUUUCUGCAUGAACACAAAGGGGCGUGUCUGUUUAACAAGCCAGGGCACAAAGGUCGCACACGUAGGGAUGCCAUCUGUGGAAAUGGUGUGGUGGACGGCCAGGAGGAGUGUGACUGUGGUCCUAUCUGUGAUAGGCACCCAUGUUGUGACCCAACAUGUAAACUGAAGAAAUACGCACAGUGCAGUCAAGGACUCUGCUGCUUUGAGUGCCAACUGAGAGGGAAGGGAUACAUGUGCCGUCCCGCUGGGGAUGAGUGUGACCUCCCAGAGUAUUGCGAGGGUACCUCUGAAGAAUGCCCUGUAAACACCUAUAAGCAAGAUGGCACACCUUGUGAAAGAAUUAACUACUGCUAUAUGGGCCAGUGUAGGAACCCUGAUAAGCAGUGCAUACGAAUUUAUGGGCCCCAUGCAAGGUCUGCCUCAGAAGACUGUUACCAAUCAAUGAACAGCAAAGGAGACCGGUUUGGAAACUGUGGCCGUCCCUCUGAGAAUGACCCAGUUUAUGUUAAGUGUAUAGAUGAUGAUAUAUUCUGUGGGAAACUUAUAUGUACAGAUGUUGCAUACUUACCAAGAAUCAAACCCAACCAUACGCUCAUCCAGGUCCCUUACACAGAUGACUGGUGCUGGAGCAUGGAUGCCUAUAAUGGUGCUGACAUCCCUGAUGAUGGAGACGUGCAGACUGGCACGUAUUGUGCCCCAAACAAAGUCUGUAUGAAUUACUCCUGCGUUGAUCACGCUGUGUUCAACUAUGACUGCAAACCAGCUGAAAUGUGUAAUGGGAAAGGAGUGUGCAACAAUUUAAGGCACUGCCAUUGUGAGCCUGGCUUUGCUCCUCCUGAUUGCAGAGCACCAGGGGAUGGGGGUAGUGUGGAUAGUGGUCCUGGUUUCUUUCUCUAUGAUACAAAUCCAAGUGAAGGUGGCCUUCGUGUUAAAAGCAAUGAGGACAAUGCUGGCAAAGUAGUGUUCAUACUCCCUGUAUUUCUUGUAGGAUUAUUGUUUGGACUAGUUAUCUUCACUAGCUUCAGCAUUAGAAAGAAACCACCAGAGGCUACACCAGAGCCACCAUCAGAAGAAUCACUGGAGGGCCCACCAGAGGCUCCAUCGGAAGAACCACCAGAGGCCCCACUGGGAGAACCACCAGAGGCCCCAGCAGAGGAGCCACCAGAGGAACCACAUGAGAUGCCAGAAGAGCCUGCACCAGAAGGUGAAGCAGGUGAACCUUUGGAAGAACCAGAAACAGAAUACCAGUAGUGGGAGGAAGAAGCCAAUGUGUCAGACACCUAAUGCACUGAAUGGAAUUGAGGGGCUCAACAAAGCAAAGAUUAAGUCUUAAUUGAUGGUUGGCUCCAUUGGCUCUGAUGGGGACUAUAUAGUCCGUACAAUAUACUAAUAUGUGAGGAGGGUUUCUCCCCACUUUAAAUAUUCAUUUUAGUAAUUUGGUUAUACAGUCAUAUGUAAAAUCAUAUAUAAAAGGAUACUCUAUUUUUUUUCCCUUUUUCCCAUUUCAUGAAACAAUUUUAUUUAUUCUCUUCUCAUUUAUCACUGUUAUCAAUGUCUUAUUUCAAUAGGGCCAAUUUUUGGGUCACCUGUUUUUCAAAAAAUGCCAUCUCCAGUAUACACUUUUUGACUUAUAGUACUAUCUGUGACUGCAUUUAUACCUACAAUGGGAUUAUUCAUCCCAGUCACAACUAUGCAUUAUGUUAGGAACAUUUAUAAUAUGAUUGAUUGUUUUAAUUUGCCCUGUCAAUUUGUAUUCAUGAAACAGAGGUGUUUUUCAAUAAAUUAAAGUCUAUUUUCAUGUAAGGUCUCCUUUAUUUUCGGAACCUGGAAGAGGUCAGAUCUGAUCACUCCUGGGUUGG